AUGAAACUGAAACUGACUUCGGACAAAACCUGGGAAGUGAAACUGGACGGCCGCAGAUUCGCCGACGGCUGGGAAGAUUUUUCAACAGUACACUGUCUUCAAGAUGACGACGUUUUGGUUUUCAAGGACAAGGGGGACAUGGUUUUCCACGUCACACCCUCCGGUCGCAGUUUCUUUCAGGUGCAUUGCAUAUCCUCUGAGUCUGAGGAAGAUGAUAUACGGGACGAUGGUUCAGAUUCCAAGAACAUUGCGUCGAAGAUGGAACCAAGAAAGGAGACAGAGUCUCCCUCAGAAAGCUCUUAUCUUGUUGCACACGUCACGUCGUCAAACUUAAGCCGAGAUACAUUGGUUACUACUCUUUACUCCUACUCUUUUCAUAUUUCGAGAGCAUAA